UCAAAGAUCAUAGUUCAUACACAACCUAGAAAAUUAUGAUAUUCGUUUCAUUUGACAUUUUGACUUCUGAAGAAGUAUAGAGAGAAUUUUACAUUUAGGAGAUUCUACUUGGUCUUGCUGAUGACUGUAGCAUACUUUUCAUGACUAUUGGCUACCCUGAGGAUGACACAAAUUGGUGUCGAAAUUGUGAUGAACAAUAAGAUGGAUAAGAAAACGAUAUUGAGAACCGGAUUGAAAAAAUUGAAAAAUACCAGGAAUAAAAAGAAGAAUUUGAAGAGAAUUGUUGAAAUCAGGAAUUUUAUGAGGGCGCUUAUAGGAGAACGAAAACGAAAAACUCCUUGUGUAGAUGUGAAAGAAUCCAUGACUAUUCCUUACAUAAAAGAAGAUAGAAAAUGUACUAUUAGCAAAAAUGACAUAAUUGUAAGAAAAAAUUCUGGAAUAUGUGAUACCGUUACAGAAAAAUAUGUAGAAUAUAAAAAACCAAAAGAAAACUUGGAGCUUAAACUGUUCAAAAUAUAUGAUUUCGAAAAAAAAACACACCAAUUUCGGGAAUAA